UAGCCAUUGGAAUCAUACGGUCGUGUCGCUCCGCUCCUCCACACAAUUCGACAUUUUCCCAUUACAUUGUCCAUCCCCCUGUCCUCCAAUUACCCGAAAAAAAAAUCACCAAUAACCAGUUAAUUGUCGUUGUGAUGAGUGAAACGCAUCGUAAUGUUCGUUGAACCUCGGAACGAUUCAGUUGGACCACCAGGCAGGUGGUGACCGGACUGCUGGAGCAUCGUCGGGGUUGACUCGAUAUGUUUCAUGUUUUAGAAUCCAGAUUGGAUCACAGAUGAUCUUGGAUGCGCCCUAGGCAAAUGGGACUGAUGACAGCACGGAGGAUCAUCUAAAUGCGAGGCGAUACAGUCGCAUAGCAGAGUGGUGCCUCCCGGUGCCAAUUUUUACCCUGAAAAUGGCCACUAAUCAAGUCGACUAUCAGUGGGCUUACUCCAUUAUGGAUUCGUCCAGGGUCUCCACAUUUCUCAUCUCGAUUCUGCUGAUCGUUUAUGGAAGCUUCAGAUCAUUGAAUAUGGAGCAGGAGGCCAGGGAGAGGGAGAAGGAGAAGGAGAGAGUGAAUUUAUUGAGUGGUAUUGUCAGUGGUACUAACUCGGAUAGUUCCAAUGGUGGUGUACAAACUCUGGACACAAUGCAUGCACUCUGCUUACCUCUUGGAGCUUCCAUAUCUCUUCUCAUCAUGUUUUUCUUCUUCGAUAGUAUGCAGAUGUUGUUUGCAAUAUGUACUGCGAUUAUAGCAACAGUGGCUCUGGCAUUUCUCCUGCUACCCAUGUGCCAGUACAUAAUAAGACCGUGUUCAGACGGUAAUAAAAUAUCGUUCGGUGUCUGUGGAAGAUUCACAGGUGCUGAACUGCUGUCUUUCUCAUUGAGUGUCAGUAUAGUAUGCAUAUGGGUACUCACUGGACACUGGUUACUCAUGGACGCAAUGGGCAUGGGGCUGUGUGUUGCAUUUAUUGCAUUUGUCAGAUUACCAAGCCUCAAGGUGUCGACGUUAUUGCUCACUGGACUACUUAUUUAUGACGUCUUUUGGGUAUUCUUCUCCUCGUACAUAUUCAGCACAAAUGUUAUGGUUAAGGUGGCGACAAGACCAGCAGACAAUCCAGUCGGUCUAGUAGCCCGUCGACUCCACCUGGGAGGUGUAGCACGUGAGGCCCCAAAGCUCUCACUACCUGGCAAACUCGUAUUUCCCUCGAUGCACCAAGCUGGCCAUUUCUCCAUGCUCGGUCUUGGCGACGUUGUGAUGCCUGGGCUGCUCCUGUGCUUUGUCCUACGCUACGACGCCUACAAAAAAGCCCAGUUGAUACCUGGUGGAUGUGAGGCUGGUGUACCACCACCGAGACACCUCAGUCGCAUUAGUUACUUCCAUUGCUCACUCAUCGGUUAUUUUCUCGGUCUACUCACUGCCACUGUCAGCUCUGAGGUCUUUAAAGCAGCCCAGCCAGCCUUACUUUACCUCGUGCCGUUUACGCUUUUGCCGUUACUCACCAUGGCGUAUUUAAAGGGAGAUUUACGUAGAAUGUGGAGUGAACCAUUCAUAACCCACGCACCCUCAAAACACAUGGAGGUUUGACAGCUCCCGUGGAACACCCAUUAACUGAACAAAUGUUUGAAAAUGAAAAAAAAAAGCGUGUAUAUCGUCGUAUCGCAAAUCCCGUGACCCCUUAAUUUCCCAUCGUUAUCAUUUCUACGUAAGUAAUGCUUUUAACUCAUUUAUCAGUUCGAGAGGAUACUUCAGUUUCUUCCCUGCAACGAUAUUUCAUAUUAAAUCACACAUUGAGUGUCUGCGUUAUUACAAUGGCAUCCUUUUAUAAAGGAUAUUAAGGAUUUCGUGUUUGUCGUUUGUACACUGAAAACAUAUGAGCAAAUUUAUGAAUAUUUGAGAGAUGAUAUUAUGCACUGAAUGAACAAUCUAGAAAAAAAUUCAGUGGGUUUGUGAUAAUUGGAGGUGAAUGUUAAAAUGAGAUUUUAUUUUACGAAUAUCUUUGGAAUUAAUGGUUUUUGAGGAAAAUGCAGAGACAUUUUUUGUGGAGAAUUUCGAGAACUGAACAAUUAUCUCUUGACAUUUUUAGUAAAACUAUCCUGUUAUUGCUAAUAAUUCUCAAUUGUGGAAUUAUAUUGUCAACAAUUCUUGAUUGAUGAAUUAUCGCAGUAAUAAGUGAGUUUGAAAAAAAAAUUUAGGACUCUUUUUCCAGAGAAUUUCAACAGCUCAACGUGUCUCCUGACAUUUGUUCGUAGAACUGCUCAUUGUAGAGAGAAUUACAUAAUUAAUCAUCAAUAAAUGAUUGAAUGAUUUCAUAUUGUAUGUACAUCCAUAAUUCGCAAUUUUCGAAUUAUCUCAAUACUGAAUAACCUUUGAAAAUGAUGUAAAAAGAUAUUUUUUGUACAAAAUUUCGAAGGCCAAAAAGUGUCUUUACAAUUAUUGCAAAACUUUUCAUUUCGAGAUAAUGGCAUGAUUAAUCAUGAUGAAAUGAUUUCAUGUCCCAUGGAUUAUUAUCAAUAAUUCUUAAUUGUUGAAUUAUUCCAGUAAUUAAUGGAUUUAACGAAAAAUGUAGAGCGAUUUCUUAUCGAGAAUUUCAAGGGCCAAAAAAGUAUCUUGACAUUUAUUUCCAUUUCAUUUUUCACAUGAUGGUAUAAUUAAUUAUAAUGAAAUAAUUUCAUAUACCACACACUAUUGUUAAUUGUUAAAUUAUCUGGAUAACGAGUGGAUCUCUCAAUAACGAGUAGAGAUGAAUGUCGAAGGGUAUUUUUGUGUGAAAUUCUCUAAACUAGAAUCUUUCAACAUAUUCCCUUCCCCUAAAUCCAUUAGUCCUUAAGCUAUUCGUAAAAUAAUUUCGCAUUUUUCCUCUCACCACCUAUUAUCACUCCUCUACAGAAUUAAUCUGCGCGUUAGUGUUAGUGUUGAUAAAUCCAAUUAAUUUAUAAUUAAAUAAUUAACGCGUAGAUAAGAAAGAUGAGUUUAGCAAUGGCCGUGACAAAUAACUUCAGAUGAUUCAAUUAUCAUUAAUUGAAAACGAAACAAUUCAUGAAUUUAUUUAAUGAGAAAGAAUAAAAAUGAAUCGUUUUGAAUUGUAAAGGAGAAUAAAUUAUUUUUUAUCGAGCAUUAUGAUGCACAGAUGCAAGGUCAUCACCUGUAAUCAGGAUGUUUCACCAGGAAAUUAGGAAAUAACUCGUACUGAGAACCGGUAAUCGAUUGGAUCGAGGAAUGUUUAACGUUUCUCCAACAACAAAAUGAUGAAUGAGAAUUAAACAGUUACAUUGUUGAAGCGAUCGAGAUUAUAUUGAUGGAAUAAUCAGCGAGACAUGCGUGCUGGUUGUGAAUUUUUCAGUAAUAUUAAUGAAAUAUUUAAGAGAGAUCAGCGAUCGCGAUUAUCAACCACAAUUGUGUACAUAAAUAUAUAAUAAUUUUUUAUAAGGGCAAAAGUGGCUCGAAGUUCAUUCGAGUUGGGUUUAGUUCGAAGAGGGGAUUAUUUUUUUUAGACUCCGGGGAGACUCUGUACACUUGAACUAUUCAUUUAGGUGGGGCAAGACCGCUCAAGUCUAUUGAUCAAUUUUGCAAUUUUUUAUUGGGUUAAUGAACGAUUUUUGGGGAAAGUUGAAAGGAAUUUUUUGGGAUAUUGUGGGACUUCAAAAUCUUCUUCAUGACGUUUUUUCUUGAAGUCGUUCAUUCAUGAAAUCAUCAGAUAAUUAAUAAUAAUACAAUGCCCAGAAAAUUUAAAUUGUGGAAUUCUAUUGGUAAUUAGUGAUUUUAAAGGAAAUGUUAGGAGACAUUUUUCUAGAGAAUUUUUGUAAUCUCCAAAAAAAGUAUUUUGACAUUUUUCUUAAAAACACUAGUUAAUGAACAAUUACAUAAUUUUUAAUUGUGGAAAUAUUUUGAUAAUGAGUGAUUUUAGGGAAGAUGUGUAGAAUUUUUUUUGUGACAAAUUUUGAAAUCUGCAGAAAAAGUCUUGACGUUCCUUUUUGGAAUAACUCAUUAGCAAAAUAAUCACAUGAUUAAUAAUUAUCGUGUUUCCAAUGAAUUGUGCUAAUUUCAUUAUUUCUUUAAUGAGUGAUCCUAGGAGAAAAUAUCAGAAUUCCUUCAGGAUUUUUUUUUCUCCUGAUACUUGUCUCUAGGCCAAAUCAAUGUACAAUUAUUGCAGUAAUUGAAGUUGACUUGAACUGUUUUAUCAACUCACUUCUGAAGUAAUGAAUAACUACGUUUGAAGAUCAUCAGUUCUGUAAUUAAAAAAAAUCAGAGAGAAUAAUCGCAUUUAUUCUACCGUUUUUCGAAGGAUUUUUCCGUAGCUAAUGAUGAACAUUGUUUCGUUUUAUCUUACUCGAUCACAGAACUGUUGGUCAUUAUUCAUUUUUUUCAGAGAAAAAGGUAAUUAAUGGGUCCACAUCACGAACGGGCGAUCCUUCAAAGGAUUUCUCAUUUAUGUUUCAUUUUUUAUUAAAAAAAAUCUCUUUCAAUUCCACCAAGACUGAUAUCCACGUAACAAGGAGGCCAUCAAUUAGUUUCUCCCCAUUUUUUUCGUGGAUAAAAAUAAUACAUGGAUGUCACAGUAUCCGAGGGAAUUAGUAAUUUCGUUUUCAUUCUUUUUUUCGUAGUUUUAUGGGUAAUCCCAACAAGACUGAUAACCAGGAUUGAUGUUUUGCCGUGGCUUGCACCUGGCGUUUUCAAAUUAAUCAAUGAACAACGCACAUUGAUACGAUUGAUACUCUUCCGAAUGAAAUUGCUACUGGGGGAAUUUUGGAAAAUACAAUACGCUCAGAAAUUUCUCACAGCUAUACUUCGAAUAUCUUCGAAACUAUUCGGUUUAUCGAGAAGUAUUAUGAAAUCAUUUUUGUAGAUUAUUAAAUUUACUACAAAAAUGUAUUGUAAUAUUUUUCUUUAGGGCCACUCAUUACUGAGAUAAUUAAUUAAUCAGGACCCAUUCUGGGUUAAUGUGAAAUCAUUGUGGGAGAGGGUGAACUAAAAUAGUCUGUCUUCAUUUGUCAAUACCUCCUGACCAGAUGGUGCGAUUUGGAUAACUCAGGUCUCAUUUUAAAGCUUAAACAAAUGCCUUCAAAAUGAAAAAAAAAUCAGAAAUUUCACUCUGGGGUUCUUGAGCUAUCGACGAUGGAAGGCGGUUCUAUAAUUAUCUUGGCAAUGAGUGGCUCUGAAGAAACUGUGAGAAUACAUUUUUUGUAGAGAAUUUUGUGAACUGAAAAAAAGUUCUUCUGACAUUUUUCGAUAAACCGAAUAAUUCAGGAGAUAUUUGCAGACUAGUGAAAUGAAUUUAGAACAAUUUACAAUCUCACUCCUGAAUUGCUCUGGUAAUUAUGCAAAUCAAAGGUUUCGAUGGAAAGACUAAUUUAGGUACCUCAUAUAGUCGAUGAAUGCGAUAAUUAAGGGAGUAUUCAAUUGAAUAAUCAACUCCCCCUUACAUCGUGACUGUCCGAGCCCGUUCGUGAUGAAUACUGGACCCAAUUCAUUAUUCAUUCGAUUAUUAAAUUUUAGAUUGAAUACGUUCUAUUGAAUUCGGUGAUCAGUGUCAAAUAUAUCAUUAUUUAUAGAUAUGAAAUGCAUUAGCUCUCUUAUGAAAUAAUUAUCGAUCAAAUUGACGAUUAGAUUUGGGGUGAAGUGAUCAAAGUAGAGAGAGAAAUGAGUAAAAAUGACAGAAAAAAUCCCCAAUAAUCAGUGAAAAACCUAGUACUCAUGUCCCAGUUCAUUUUCUUACGAAAAAUCAUUCAUCUGAUUUGUAAAUAUUGCCACGGGUUCUCGAGAAUUCGAAUGGAGGAAAUUAAGAAUGAAAAAUUUGUGCAAUAAGUUGUAAUUUUUCAUUCAAUUAUUUAUUAUAAUUUUAGUAAAAAAACCAGAACCACAGGCAUGAAUGAAACCCCUCGCGAUUCUCACUCCAGUUUUUUUUUCUAUUACAAUUCAUUUUUUACAAGGAAAAAGAAAAACAAAGUUAUAAUACUGUAUGCGUUAUCUCUGAUAAGACUAAAAAGAAAAACAAAAAGGAAAUUAUUCUCUCUUUGGGUUUGUCGUGAAAUCGAGACGAGUGAUAAAACUGGAAAUCGUGAUUUUUCGAGAGGUGUGAAAUAAUAAAAGAAUUAAUUAAUUGUAGUUUAACUAGACGAGACUUGGAUUUCCGCUGGAGUUGUUGACCCCAACAAUUCUCGAUAUCAUGAAAAACCCAGAAGAGAGAUGACGUAUAACUUAAAGAGUCUAUACAUUUAGAGAAAAACUUAUAAUAGAAAAAGUGAAGAAAAUGAAAUGAAAAAAAAAUAUUAAGGAAAAAUACCAUUGCAGAAGGUACAUCUUAAAUAGAAUGUAAUUAUUGAUUAAAACUAAAUAACAUAAAUUGAUAAAUCUAAGAGCACUCGCUUGUACUGUUGCAACUUCUUGCAUGUGUACAGCCAUGUACAUUUUUUUAUAUAAAAAAAAUCGAUAAAAAUUGAAAAUAAAACUGUUUCACGUAACAGCGUGAUACGUGUUUAGUUGAGAA